AUGCUCUUUUCGCUCAUCAUCCUUCCAAACCCUGUAGCACUACACCCGGCCUCAAGACAUGCCUCAGUACUGGGCGAAACCCUUGUCGAACGCCCGCAAUACGUCAAGGCCGACUUCAACCUAUCGAAAACUCUCGCGCAAACCGUUCUUGUCGCACACGAUCGACUCGACCGUCUAGCAGACUCGGCGGAGACUGGCCAAGAUACACCCUCAACACUCUCUUCAGUCUCGGGUGGUGCAACACCAGACUACUCCUUGCAGCACGCUCACCAUGGGCUCGACACAACCACCCUUGCUGCCCAACUUCAAGGCCUCCAAACCACGCAAGCGACCGAUGAAAGCACCGCCGCGUCUGACGUCGUUUCAUCCGCCGAGGCCACGCGAAGGCGUACAUCCGCGUCUUCACUCCCUGGCUCGAUCCUCGGACGCGGCCGUCCUGAGCCCGUGGUUCCGCUGGUGCCUCUUCUAGGUAAACGGCGUCGAAGCCCAAGCCCCGAAAAAACAGCACCGAAAAAGAUGUCGAGGAAUGCCAAGAAGAAGGCAACUCAGGCUUUGAAAGUCGCUCGAGGCGAAGGCGACUGGCUACCCCGCGCCCGCAAGCUACAAGGGCCUAUAGAGCAGUCCGCAUCGCAUCAGCGCCGACACAAGAGGCGCCGCUUGGACCUGGACCGCCUCGAAACUCAGCCCUGGUCUGCCAAAGCUCGCGGCACCUUCUUUGGGCGCGAUCGCCCCCUUCGUAUCGUCCUUCUCGAUGAAGAGCAAGAGGUGAAGCUCUCAAUAUCGACAUCGCGCGGUGCCUACGUCGGUAGCUACGGUACGGAUUGGGCCGCAGGCUGCGCUGGUAGCGAGGAUCGGGCGAUACGAGCAGGAUUGAAGAAAGCCCACUGGGAUGCGACCCACACACUUCUUAUCUUGGACGAGAACGAGGUCAUAAACGUCGCUUUUGUCCCUCCACCGAAGAGAGCCACACCGAUAACAAAGUCGACAACGACACCAAAACCGGAGCUGCAGAGCCCGCUUCAAGACUGCCCAGCCCAGGGCAUACCAAGCUCCGGCCUCGCAUACGAGGCCUCCGUGUCUUUCGACCAGAUGUGCAGGGAACUCGUUGCGCUAUUCGGUGAAGCAGAUGAGUUGGAUGUGCCUGCGCAAGCGAAGCACGGUCGACGAGGCGACUUCGUUGCUCUCAACUUCGGCCUGCAGUCUGGCAUGGGCCAGGUCCCGCACGAACUGAGGCCGCCGACGGGCUGCGAAGACUAUAUUCGCAAGCUUAAGGGCAGCGAGCAUAUGCAGCGCCUCGCCACCUGGCAAAGUGAGAUCUUUGCCUAUUGGGCGCCUCUCGCCCACCGCCACGUCCGAUGCCAAUUGAAGGCCCUUCACGAGAAGACCGGGUUGCGCCCGCCCUUUCCCCGCUCCGUCUACCCAACCGCGUGCGCGAAUUGCGGGCCUCAUACCGUCUGCAAGGCACACCGGGAUAAGACAAACUAUCCCUCGUGCCCUUGCUGCGUGACAGCCCUCGGCAACUUCAAGUCCGAAGAGGGAGGGCACAUGGUGCUACCGGACAUCGGCAUCUACGUCCCGUUCCCGCCUGGUGCUUCAUGCCUGCUUUCAUCCGCUGCGAUGACGCAUGGCAAUCUAAGCAUCCAGCCGGGAGAGACGCGCUACUCCUUCACGCAAUACUGCGUCGGCGGCUUGAUGCGGGCGGUGGCAUAUGACAUGAAGCUCGCGAAGAAUCUUUCCGACGAGGAACGCGCACGGAUGGACGAGGAAGCGGGCGAGGGUUGGAAUGCGCAGUAUGCGCGUUUCUCAAAGGUCUGGGAGGUUGAUGAGGACAGGGCUUGGGUUCGCGAGCAAGACCGACUCGAACUAUUAGCUGAAGAAGAGGUUGAAGCGUAG